CAUUCUCUGCCUUAUAUUUACGGAUUAGUUCAGCAUCCAGUCUCGGUCGCAUUGCAUUGGAAAUGUACGGUUCUAAUCAGGUGUGGAUUUUGGAUACUGGAAUCGGGCAUUCGCAUGGAAGCUUUGGGUACUUACUUAUUGGGAUGGAUUUGGGAUUUUCUGGACCGGUCUGGCUGGCACAUGGGAGGACGAACUGUAUUAUCUUAUCCUGUACAUAUUUGGGGGCUUACGGCUAAUGCAACCUGGUCCCGUGCUAAUGAACAAUCACUUG